AUGACAUACAAGAAAAGAAAAAAAGCUCCUGCCAAAAAGAAGAGAAAAGUAUUUUUCUGUCGUCCUCAGCCUCUGGACGCCCACAACCUUCUCCGGCCGGAGACAUUGGAGAGCCUCUUCUACAUGUACCGGUUCACGGGGGACAAGAAGUACCGAGACUGGGGCUGGCAGAUCUUCCUGGCCUUUGAGAAACACACGAAAGUUCCUGAUGCCGGGUACUCCUCCAUCCACAAUGUGAAGGACGCAGGGAAUCCCAGGUUCCGAGACAAGAUGGAGAGUUUUUUCUUGUCGGAGACCUUGAAGUAUCUCUAUUUACUAUUCAGCGAUGAUCCAAACUUGAUCUCGCUAGAUAAAUUUGUGUUUAAUAGUGAAGGACACCCGCUUCCUAUAGACAAAGUGGCUGAGGCAGAGUUAUAGAAAUGGUUAUAGUGUCUGUUAAAGAUUGGGUAGUUUAGGUUACCUCACCUAACAGUUUGAUGGUGUUUUGGCUUAAGGUGUUUCUCUGUAUUUUGACUGGGGAUCAUUUGCCAAGUUGAAAUUUCUUUUUUUCUUCUUCUUCUUUUUCUUCUUCUUCUUCUUCUUCUUCUUCUUCUUCUUCUUCUUCUUCUUCUUCUUCGUCUUCUUCUUCUUCUUCUUCUUUUUCUUCUUCUUCGUCUUCUUCUUCUUCUGCUGCUACUUCUCCUACUCUUUUCUUUUUGUUCUCCCCCUACUCCUGUUCAUCCUUUCUUUAUCGUAGCCUCUGAGACCACAGGUUUUUGAGCCUUUCGUGUCAGUAAUUAUUACUGACGUUACGUCUAUGCCCUAUUUUUUUCUCUUGAUCAUAAUGUCUCCUGCCUUUCACUCAGCCAUAUGAUGUUUUUGAGGGGUUUCUCAUUCAUUUAGACUGACCAGAGUUCCUACAGAUCAUGGUAGGCAUUGAUUUAGAAUAUUUGUUAGGGGAUUCAGGCUUGCUCUGCCAUCUUCAGCUUGCAGAAAGUUGGUGUGUCCAGUAUUUCCCACCCGUACAUUCUUUACAGUGAACAUGGUGUGCCGUACCAAUGCCAUAAAGGAAGUAUCAAAACAACUUGAUCCCAUAUAGGCUUAGUGGGCCUGUUCUGUAAUUCUUUUGCCAGUUCAAGCGCAAAGGAACAACUUAGAUGGGACUAUGAAAUCGUGUGAUCAAACUGAAGGAUAUGAGAAUUGCCUAAAUUGAAAAGUCUUGGGGAGAGAGAGAGAUAGUCUUUCAUUCCCUUCCUUUGUUUUAAAUCCAUAAUGGGUCAUUCUUGAAAUACGGUUAAAUAAGCUUGCAGCAUUUAUAAGGGCAUAAAACCUAAAAUAUAUCAUCACAAUUCUGUGUAAAAAGGUUGGUUUAUAAGGUUUAGGGAAGUAACGGUUUUUUGCUUUCUUUUUAACUUUUGGGAAGGGGGGAGGGUGGGCGGGAGAAGAGGAUUUGUUUUUCUUGUGCUAUAGGUUCUAUUUUUUUUUUCACACAAUAAGAUGUGGGGAUAUUUUUUACAUAUCCUGUGACCUAAGGGUGAAUGUUGUAUAAAUCUUUUUUUCCAUGAUAUUUUAUUUAUUUCAUGAAACUGAAGCUUUUUGCAUCGACCUUAGAACUUAAAAUUGAUGAGUUUUCCUUCGAAAGUUCAGUUGAAAUUGAGGGAUCAAUACAGUGGAACUCGGAUUUAACGAGCUCGGAUUCAACGAGAACUCGGAUUCAACGAGAUGAGAUAGA